UCUGGGGAGACCAGAUAUAGUGAAUGCAGGGUCCUGGGAGAGCGGAUAUAGUGAAUGCAGGGUCCUGGGAGACCGGAUAUAGUGAAUGCAGGGUCCUGUGAGACCAGAUACAGUGAAUGCAGGGUCCGGGAGACCAGAAUAGUGAAUGCAGGGUCCGGGGAGACCAGAUAUAGUGAAUGCAGGGUCCUGGGAGACCAGAUACAGUGAAUGCAGGGUCCGGGGAGACCAGAUACAGUGAAUGCAGGAUAUAGUGAAUGCAGGGUCCUGGGAGACUGGAUAUAGUGAAUGCAGGAUAUAGUGAAUGCAGGGUCCGGGG